AUGACACCCUAUGACACAGUUUACCCUGCUGAUAGUUUAGAAUUCUGUCCGAGCGAGAAUGCCUCGGACAUAUUUGUCUGCGGCACUUACAAGCUCGAGGAUGUUGACAAGACGACGACAGGCCAACCGACGAUCAAUUACCAGAGCAGACGAGGACAAUGCCUAGUUUUCCAAGUGGUUGCACCCAACGAACGAGAUCCGCUAUCUUGGUUGGGUUCUCGUCUGUUGUUUACCAUUCAUUUUUUUCAAUCGCACACAGGGAAUCCAACCCUCGCCAUUGCUGACUCGGAAGGGAACGUCAACUUAUGCGAAUGGAAUACGCAAGAGCGAAUCCUCGAGAAAAUUAGCUCUAUCCAAUGUUCAACCCCCGACACACUCUGCCUCUCGCUGGAUUGGGAUGAUCGCAGAACAUCCGGAACUCAGCUGGGUAACCUAGCUGUCUCCUUGUCAAGCGGCUCCAUUUGUCUUGUCCGUCCCACUGCGGCGGCAAAUUUUCAACUUGUAUCCACAUGGCAUGCCCAUGAUUUUGAGCCAUGGACCGUGGCAUGGAAUUAUUGGAAUACCAAUGUCAUCUAUUCUGGUGGCGAUGAUUUGAAACUGAAGGCUUGGGAUAUACGACAAAAUUGCGAGCAACCGAUAUUCGUCAAUAAACGGUUUGAAGCCGGCGUCACUUCAAUCCAAAGUCACCCGUUAGUUGAACAUCUGAUAGCCGUUGGGAGCUACAAUGACACUGUUCGACUUUUCGACGUUCGGAAGCCUCUCAUUCCCGUUAGUGAAGCAAAUGUUGGUGGAGGCGCGUGGCGUGUGAAGUGGCAUCCUUCUCUCAAUCGCAAGCAUGACUUACUUGUUGCUUGCAUGCAUGACGGAUGUAAGGUGAUACACUUCAACCACGAAGACUUUUCAGGGGGCUCGCUGUCCAGACGGUUCGAUGACCACGAUUCCAUGGCCUAUGGUGUAGAUUGGUCGUAUGGGCCCAACUUGGCGACCGGCGAGUCCAUUAUUGGAAGCUGUUCCUUUUACGACCACAAGUUGCAGCUUUGGACCGCCUAA